CAGAGCAUGAUGUCAAUGGUUCGUAGCGUUGGAUCGACGGACGACAUCCCGGUCGCACAUCGUUGGAUCGCGCACGGCGGCGAAUGCGCCUCGGCCCCGCGCGCAUCCAGUCGCGGGCGCUCUUACGCCGAGCAUCUUGGUCCCAUUUCAUGUCAAGCUGCACGCCAUGUCGGACCUUGCAAAGUCGUUCGCCAAGACGAAGCUCUCUUCUCUCCCGCCACCAGAGCCGCUGCUCGAGGAGGACGAGGAUGAUUCGAGCUCGGCGAGCUCCAUGUCGAGCACAGGCACUGUGAUGCCCUCGAGCACGCAGAGACGUGCGCCCGCAGUCUACUGGUCCGACUACUACGAGCAGGAGUUGUACCUCGAGAGAGAGGCGCCCCGCGCCAAGUUCCACGUCUACCUCACCCCGCCGGCGUCUCUGCAGUCGCCGUUGCUGGUGCUGCACCAUGGCGCGGGGAGCUCUGCCAUGAGCUUCGCGCUCGCAGCGAAGGAGAUCAGGAAGGCGAUGCCGGGAAUUGGGAUCUUGGCGGUCGAAGCACGAGAGCACGGCAGUGUUGUGUGGGACCAGGGGGGCGCGGUCGACAACGACCUGAGCGUCCAUCUGCUGGGCCGCGACAUGGUCGACAUGAUCCUGCUCACCGAGCAGAAGAUGGGCUGGAGAGAGCUGCCCACGCUCGUUCUCAUCGGCCACAGCCUGGGCGGCGCAGUGGUGACGCACGUCGCCAACAUGGGCUUACUCGACAGCAGGGUGCUCGGUUUCGCCGUGCUGGACGUCGUCGAGGGCAGCGCCAUGGAGGCGCUCAAGCACAUGCAGGCGUACCUCCGAACCCGGCCAAAGCUGUUCGACAACCUCGAUGCCGCCAUUGACUGGCACAUGCGGUCGCGCACGCUGAGAAACGCCGAGUCGGCGAGAGCCAGCGUACCCAGUCUGUUCAUGCAAACGUCGACUGGCGGACGCUGGGUGUGGAAGACGGAUCUCUCGCGAACCGAGUCGUACUGGGAGAAGUGGUUCACGGGCAUGAGCGCCAAGUUCCUCAGUGGGAGAGGCGCAAAGCUGUUGCUGCUGGCUGGAACGGAUCGCCUCGACAAGGAGCUGAUGAUAGGGCAGAUGCAGGGCAAGUUUCAACUCUCCGUCUUCCCUGCCGCUGGCCACUUCCUCCAAGAAGACCAGCCUGAGAAGACGGCCGAGGUCAUUGUCGAGUUCGUCAAACGCAACGACCGCAGCGCACUGGUGCUUCCUCCAAAGGUGGCAGAUCUCCUCGCGCAGGGCAACAAGGUCUGAGGUGUAGAGCUGUCCAUAGCUGCCAGGCAUUGCAUCAUACCUCCUCACAUGCAGUCUGCACGCCCCCUCUUGCUGUGCUGACGGAUGGAUCUUGGGUAUCAUUGCUGUCCGUCUCACGACGAAGCACGACCUGUGUCUAGAGAGACGCCACCGCCCUCAGCAGCCCCUCCCUCAGCCCCUCCCCCAGCCCCACCCUCAGCCUCGCCCU